GAAUUCUUCUUCAAUGUGGCUCCCCAGGUUGUCCGGCAUGGGUCAAGAAAAUGGUAACCUCACCGAAGAUGGAAAAUGCCGUAGCAUGUCAGUGGCUUUACCGGUGACCAUGAUGGUCAGUGGAAUGAUUGGAAACGCUCUUGCUUUACUCCUUGCGUACAAAUCCUACCACAGAAAGGACAACAAAAGAAAAUGUUCGUUUCUGAUUUUUAUUGGUUCCUUAGCAUUGACUGAUAUGACUGGGCAGCUCUUAACCAGUCCUAUAGUAAUCUCUGUGUAUCUGUCUGACAGAAAUUGGGAUCUUGUCGACCCUUCUCGACAUCUUUGUGCCUUCUUUGGGUUAUGUAUGACAAUAUUUGGGCUCUGUCCUUUGUUUUUAGCUAAUGCUAUGGCGGUUGAAAGAACCCUUGCUAUACUUGCUCCUCACUGGUACUCGAACCAUAUGACAGCUAGAUUAACUAAGUCAGUUGUACUUUUCAUCUGGGGCUGUGUCAUAUUAUUUGCCAUGCUGCCUAUAGUAGGAGCUGGCAAAUAUACCUUGCAGUGGCCCUGUACCUGGUGCUUCAUCAGCACAGGGGAUGGACUUCUCAGCGGGAACACCAUCUUCGCCCUCACGUUCGCAGGACUGGGGACUUGCUCCUUGAUCGUAACUUUUGGGUGUAACUUAGCCACCAUCAAGGGUCUGGUGACUCGGUGCAAGACUCGAACAUCUGUUUCCCAAACAAGCAGACAAUGGGAACGCAUCACUGUAGAGACUAUGAUCCAGCUGAUGGGCAUCAUGUGCGUUCUGUUUGCUUGUUGGUCACCUUUGCUGGUUUUGCUGCUAAAACAAUAUAUGUCCUAUAAAACAACCUGA